AUGGAAAUUUCUGGAUCCCGAGAACAGCAGCAGGAUUGUUGUAUCCUGGAUGCAAGCAUAAUUGAACUCCUGGACGCACUUUCCAAAGGGCGCUUGACCAGUGUUGAGUUGGUAGCCCGCUAUCUCCGUCGUCUCAGCACAUAUGACUCUUCUGGCCCCAAACUGAGUGCCGUCCCAAUUCUCAAUUCUUCUGUAAUGAAAGAUGCCGCCGCCUCGGAUUCCAGAAGAGCCAACGGCCUGCCACCAAGGCCCCUUGAAGGUAUUCCGUUUCUUGUCAAGGACAACAUCAAGGUCAAAGGAAUGACCGUCGCUGCUGGUGCUCCAGCCUUCGCGCAUCUGAUUGCCACAGAUGAUGCCGCUUGCGUGAAGGCAUUGAAAUCCGCUGGAGCUAUUGUCUUGGGCAGGACCAAUAUGCCAGCAAUGGCGAAUGGGGGCAUGCAGCGCGGUGUAUAUGGGCGUGCGGAAAGCCCAUACAACUCCGACUUUCUGACUGCUGCCUAUGGAUCAGGCUCCUCGAAUGGGUCUGCAACUGCAGUCGCGGCCAAUUUUGCAGCUUUCAGCUUAGGCACCGAGACGGUUUCUUCAGGACGGUCCCCGGCGUCGAACAAUGCCCUUGUUGCUUAUACACCAUCGCGGGGCCUUCUUCCUCUUACUGGCGUUUGGCCGCUCUACCCAACGUGUGAUGUCCUCAUACCUUACACGAGAACUAUGACAGAGAUGCUAUUUAUCCUCGAAGUUCUUGCUGAAGCCGAGGAUGAUGUUCUGGGAGAUUUCUGGAGGCAACAGCCCUUUAUUCCGCUGCCGACGAUUGGCCAAACCCGGCCGCGAUCGUUCCAAGAGCUAAAGAACGAACAUGGACUACAAGGAAAGCGUCUCGGCGUUCCUUCUAUGUAUAUUGGAGGUGCAAGUCCGGUGCCUAUAACCACGAGGCCUUCAGUUCUGAAGCUGUGGGAAAAUGCCAGACAGGCAUUAGAAUCAUGUGGCGCAACUGUUGUGGAGGUUGACUUCCCACUCGUCACGGAUUACGAAAACUGUGAUGCAUCUAUCGACCAAUGGGCGAGGAUUGACAACAUGCCAAAAGACUGGCUCCACACGGAAAGACAUGAGCUUAUCGCUCACGCGUGGGAUGACUUCCUGGCCACAAAUGGACAAGCCGACUGCCACUCCUUGAGCUGCGUCGACCCUGAUUCAAUCUUUCCUCUAGCACCCGGGUCGCUGCCAGGCGAAUCCGAAGCUGACAACCAGUUGGAUUGGGCUGGACUGGUUAACUAUCCGAAGAAUAAACCUUCGUCUAUGUUUCAGCUCCCGGGAAUGGAAGAAGGUCUGAAAUCUUUGGAGGAUGCAAGAAGACGCACCUUGGAAAAUUGGAUGGACAGUUUGGGGUUGGAUGCUGUAGUUUUCCCAGCAAAUGGCGAUGUAGGGCCAUCCGAUGCCGAUAUUGACAGCGAAGCAUCUCGGCUCGCGUGGCGCAACGGAGUCCUGUAUUCCAAUGGCAACCUCGCCAUCCGCCACCUUGGAGUUCCUACUAUAUCGGUCCCAAUGGGCAUCAUGGAUGAUAUUAAGAUGCCGGUUAAUAUCACCUUUGCUGGGAGAGCUUACGACGACAACCGUCUUCUGGAAUUUGGGUACGCAUUUGAGGCAGCCACUCAGCACCGUCAAAUGCCACCGCUGGUGCCAGCUCUCGAUUCGGAUAUGGUCAGCAGCAAGACCACCGCCACUGGAUCUAGCCAUAUGGAGCGCUCGAAAGACAUUGAACUGCCCAGUAUCAAAGUGAUUGCGCAAGGUAAGAACAUCGAUGGGUCUACAGUUCACCUGCGGGCCGAGGGAGUGGUGACGGAUCCUACAAGUGUCCCAACCUCAGCGGAUUGGACUUGCUACGUCAAUGGUGACGCUCACUGUGUUACUAUUGAUGGUCAAAAAUGGGAAAUUCACCUAGCUCGUCCAUUAUCUGAUCGAGAAUCUUCUUGGACUCGGUGGACGAGUCCGGCCUUGGUACAAACGACCAUUGUUUUGGUUUACCGUUCGGCUACCGGCCUCACCGCUGGUGAGUUAAUCAUAUUGUAG